GAAGAUUUCAUACUUUCUUCCUUUAACUUCAAGUUGACUUCCCUAUAUUGAUUUCCCAAAAUUCCUCUGUUUCACCAAAGACACCAUGUCUAUCAUUGGAGAGGCAAUUCUUUCUGUCAGCGUUGAGAUGCUGAUUGAAAAGUUGGUUUCAGCGUUGGUUGUGCAAUUUGGUUGCGAAGAGCAAAUCCAAGCGGACCUCAAGAAGUGGGAGAAAAUACUUAUGGAAAUUCAUGCAGUGCUUGAAAAUGCAGAGGAGAAACAGAGCAUGAAACGUUCGGUGAAGAUCUGGCUUGAUGACCUUAAAAACUUGGCUUACGACGUGGAAGACAUACUAGAUGAAUUUGCAACAGAAGCUUUGCGGAGGAAGUUGUUGCUUGAAACUCAACCUCAACCUCGACCUGAAGCCGGCACAAGUAAGCUACAGAAGUUACGGAAGAUCAUUCCUUCUUGCUGCAACAGCUUCAAUCAAAGAUCUUUUAAGUAUAAAAGAUUCAAUUCCGCGAUGGCAUCCCAAAUAGAGGAGUUUAAUACCAGAUUGCAAGAUAUAGCAACACGGAAACAACAUCUGGGUCUGGAAGAAAAUUUCGGAGGAAGGUCCAGAAAAGGCAGCCAAAGACCACCAGCGACCUCUUUGGUGAAUGAAGCCAAAGUGUUCGGCAGGGAACAAGAUAAGGAGGCAAUAGUUAGUUUAUUGAUAGAUGAUGAUUCAAGUACUAGUAAUGGAUUUGCUGUUAUUCCUAUAACUGGGAUGGCAGGGGUGGGCAAAACAACUCUUGCUCAGCUUGUCUACAAUGAUGACAGGAUAGAAUCUCAUUUUGGUUUCAAGGCUUGGGUUAGUGUUUCUGAGGAUUUUGAUAUUAUCAACAUAACAGAAACAAUUUUAUGUUCCAUCGGUGCUGAGACUGGUAAUAUUAAUGAUCUAAACUUGCUUCAAGUCAAGUUGAAGCAAAAACUGUCUGAAGUGAAAUAUUUGCUUGUUUUAGAUGAUAUUUGGAAUGAAAAUCCCAAUUAUUGGGCUACCCUAAGCCAACCAUUUGAAGCUGGAUUACGAGGAAGUAAGAUUAUUGUCACAACUCGGAAUCGGGGUGUUUCAUCUAUGGUAGGUACACUGCCAGCGCACCAGUUGAAAGAGUUGUCAAAUGAAGCAUGUUUGUGUAUAUUUACUCAACAUUCAUUGGGCAGAACAGAUUUUAACAUGCAUCCACACUUGAAGGAAAUUGGAGAAAAGAUAGUGAAAAGGUGUGAUGGUUUGCCUUUGGCAGCUAAAAGUCUUGGUGGUCUGCUGCAUGGUAAAUAUGACAUCAACGAGUGGGAAAACGUACUAAAUAGCAAGAUGUGGGCUUUACCAGAAGAGAAAUGUGACAUUAUUCCAGCUCUUAAAGUAAGUUAUUAUUAUCUUUCUUCACAUUUGAAACGGUGCUUUGCAUAUUGCUCACUCUUUCCAAAGGGUUAUGAAUUUGAAAUGGAAAAUAUUAUUUUACUAUGGAUGGCUGAGGGUUUAUUACAACCUGAAAAUAAUGUGAAGAAAAUGGAAGAAUUAGGUCGUGACUAUUUUUGUGAGCUAAAAUCAAGAUCAUUUUUCGAAGAAUCAAAAUCGAGUAGGUCAGUAUUUGUGAUGCAUGAUCUUAUUCAUGACCUUACUUAGUGGGCUGCAGGAGAAGUAUAUUUUAGAAUGGAGGAUACACAUGAGAGUGACAACCAGUAUGUUUUUUCUAAUAAUAUUCUUCGUCAUUUAUCUUACAUUAGUGGCCCCCUGGAUGGCAUUGAAAAGCUUGAGGCCUCAAAUAACAUCAAAGGUUUACGAACUUUCCUGUUAUUGAUGAUGCAAGGGAAGGAAUCCUUUUACUUGCCCCGUGAACAAAAAGCUUUUAUUCACCCUAAGCUUGCGUUUCACGUAAAGAAAAAUCACGAUUCCUCUUGCAUAGAGGAAGCUGUUAUUCAUCCUAAGUUGUGGAAGUUACACUGUUUAAGGGUUUUAUCUUUGCACAUAUUUUGCAUUCGGGAGCUGCCAAAUCAAAUUGGAGAUUUGAAGCAUCUACGUUACCUUGACCUUUCCUACACUUGUAUUGAAAGUUUGCCUGAAUCAGUGAGUACUCUUUACAAUUUACAAGCACUUGUACUAGAGGGCUGUGCUCGUCUAAGAAAAUUAUGUGCAGACAUAGGCAAUCUAAUCAAUCUACAUCAUGUCAAUAUUUUCAAAGUAGAUUCAUUGGAGCAAAUGCCUUUAAGGAUCAGUAAAUUAACUGGUCUCCAAACACUGUCUAAGUUUGUUGUGGGGAAAGGUGUUGGCUCUGGAAUAGCAGAGUUGAAGUCCUUAACUCACCUAAGGGAGAGGCUUCACAUUUCCAGGUUGGAGAAUGUUCAUGAUGCUAAUGAUGUUGAGGAGGCUGACUUAAAUGGUGAGGAGAACCUCAAUGAGCUAGUUUUGGAAUGGAAGUGCAGUGGUGUAAUUUCAAAGCCAGGGGAAACUCAAAUGCAGGUACUUGGCAUGCUACGACCUCAUCAAAAUAUGAAAAAACUCAUUAUCAGAGGCUAUGAUGGUAUAAAAUUUCCAACUUGGUUAGGAGAUUUCUCAUUCUCAAAACUAGAGUGUUUAAAAUUCCAAUAUUGCCGCAAGUGUAUUUCCCUGCCAUCAGUAGGGCAACUGCGCUCCCUCAAGGACCUUGUUUUCAAGGGAAUGAAUGGAGUAAAAUGCGUGGGUUUAGACUUCUAUGGAAAUGGUUUCUCAGCCCCUUUUCCAUCACUUGAAAUUCUCCAUUUUCUUGACAUGAAAGAAUGGGAAGAAUGGGUUCCUCAUAGACCUAGUGAAGAAGUUGAAUGCUUUCCUCAGUUGCGAGAGCUUCGUAUUAUACGGUGUCCAAACUUGCGAGGAAGAUUGCCGAAAUGUCUUCCUUUAUUGAAUAAGCUUGUCAUUGAAAAAUGUAAGAAAUUCUCGGUUUCAGUUCCAAGUUUUCCAGCACUUCGUGAAUUAAA